ACAGCUUUUCAGGACUCCGAUGACUAGCCAGCCAGUGUCUUGUGAACAUGCGUGUGUGCACAUUCACGCGUAUUUGGGUGUGCGCGCGCGCGUGUGUGUACGAGAGGGAGAGAGAGAAAGAGAGAGAGAGUACACUAGCAGCUAACACACACACACACACACACGCGCACACACACACACUUUUCUCGCAACAUGGCGUUGAAGCGCCGAGAGACGACGGCUCUCCCCCGACUAAAGCGAGCCCAUUAGGGAAGCCAGAGGACGGUUUACCGGAGAGAGGGGGACAUCCGCGCGGACGGACUCCGUUACGCACCGGCGGAGACAACAACGGAUUCCAGCGUAUGCAUGUGGCUGUGAGGGAAUAGCCGGCCGUGGACGUGUGCUGCUGCCCCGCUGGUGGGAAAUCAAAAGGGCUGUACAUGGCGGUGGAGAGCACAAUCUGGCUGUUCUGUCUCCUCUCGCUGUUCUGUGGCCCCUCGAAGCAAGCAAAGCCUGUUUCGGUGGAGCUGAGCUGCGGGGCCGGGCCCAGCCAUGUAGUGCUGGAGACGGGUUCGCCCCUGCUGCUGGACUGCAACCUCGGGGCCAGCGAUACGCCUUUCAACAUCACCUGGGUUAAGGAUGGCCAGCCUCUGCCUCUGGAGGGCGGCGACUUCCUGCAGCAUCUGGCCAACGGAUCCCUCCUCCUGCUGCCGACCGCUAAGGAUGGGCGGCCUCCUCGGGGUGUGGAGGGGGGCUACAGCUGCGUGAGUGGCAGCGCCCUCGGAGCCCUGACCAGCCGGACUGUGAAUGUUCUCCUAGCAAGUCUGUCCAAGUUACAUCAGGAGCCGUCCCCUCAAACGGUGGCGGUUGGGGGAGUGGCUCGCUUUGGGUGCCAGAUUGAGGGAGUGCCCACACCUGUUAUCACCUGGGAAAAGGACACUGUGGCGGUCCCUGAGGAGACAAGGUUCAUUUCCCUUCUCAACGGCGUGCUCCAGAUUCUUGAGGUGACCAAGGAGGACGAGGGCGCCUACCGCUGUGUCGCGUCCAACUCGGCCAGGAGAGAGAUCUCUCAUGAAGCCAGGCUCACCGUCACCACAGACUCUACUGAAGCCCUGAAUGGAGUUGCCAUUGUUUCCCCCCCUCAGAAUGCAACUGUCGUGCUGGGCCGCCCCGCUGUGAUGGAGUGCAUGGCACAAGGCCAGCCGAAGCCACUGGUGUCCUGGAGCAGACAAGACGGAAAGCCCAUUUCCACCGACGUGGUUGUCCUCGCAACAAACCUGGUGAUUAGGGACACGAGGCGUCACCAUGCCGGCAUCUAUGUGUGCCGGGCUAACAAGCCCAAGACCAGAGAAUUCAUCAACGCUGCUGCCGAGCUGCAUGUGCCUGCCCCUCCAGUGAUUCUCCAGCCCCCGGAGACCGUGUCCCUCUCCCGGGGAAACACAGCCAGGUUUGUGUGCAACAGCUCUGGGGAGCCUCCCCCAGUGUUGCACUGGCUCAAGGACGGUCGGCCCAUCAAGCCGUUUCGACGAGUCAAAACCCAAAGCCCUGGAGUCCUGCUCAUCAACCAGCUGGCGCUGGAGGACGAGGGCUACUACCAGUGCAUCGCGGACAACGGGCUGGGCACGGCCUGCGCCACCGCCAAGCUGACGGUCAUCGUGAGGGAAGGUCUGCCCAGCCCUCCCCGCCAGCUGGCCGCCACGCCCUCCAGCACGAGCGCCCGGCUCACCUGGGAGAAACCCGAGUACAACUCGGAGCAAAUCAUCGGCUACUCUGUGCACUGCCAGCGUGCCGCGGGCUCGGAUAACGAGGAGUACCAGUUCGCCAUGAACAACGACACCACGGAAUAUCACGUCAAAGAGCUUCUCCCCCACACCGCUUACACAUUCUUUGUGGUGGCUUACUCUCCCAUGGGUGCCAGUCGCCCGUCCCUGCCCGUUACUGUAGACAUGCUCGAGGAUGUACCAAGUGCGCCUCCUCAGCUGUCCAUAGUCAGCACCUCCCCCACAGACAUCAGGCUGAUGUGGCAUCCGUUGUCCUCGCAGCACAGCAGAGGGUCGGUCACCCGCUACCGCAUUGAGUACAGCACUCUGGAUCAGGUGGACACCGUGUUCUCUGUGGAAGUAAGGGGUAACGAGACUCAGUUCACGCUGAAAGAGCUGCAGGCCAACCAGGCCUACCGACUGAGGAUAGCAGCUGGGACAGGCGUUGGCUUCGGGGUUCCCUCUGAGUGGGCCCAGCACCAAACGUUCGCCCACUACAGCUUCAGCAACCACAGCACGGUGAUUUUUGCCCCCACUGAGCUGAAAGUCAGAGCCAGAGCGGACUCACUCAAUGUCACAUGGCAUCCCUCGCCGAAUCACACAGCGGCGUCUGGUUACAAGCUGUCUUGUCGAGAGGCGGAGGCCGAUGAGUCAGACAAUGGAGAAAAGGCGACGCAGACCCACACCAUAAGGCUCCGUAAGAAGGCCAGGUAUCAUCUCCUCAAAGGGCUCGUCCCUGAUCGGCAGUAUGAGGUAAGGGUUUGGGCAUUCAACAAGCAAUUAGAAGGAGCAGCUGCAGUGUGGAAAGGAAGGACGGACAAAGCCCUGGACAGAGCCUCGUCAUGGCUGCCGCCCAUUCGCCCCCCUCCGUUGCCCCCGAGCAGCAUCCGGGCCGUGGCCAACAGCUCCACCUCCAUCUGGCUGCGCUGGGAGAAGCCGCGGUUCAGCAAUGUGCGCAUCAUCAACUACACGGUGCGCUGCAGUCCAGCAGGAACCACUAACGCCUCCCUGGUUUCCUACUACACCAGCUCUGCUCAGGAGAUACUGCUCGGAGCGCUGAGGCCCUUCACCCGCUAUAAAAUAGCGGUGCAGUCUAAUGGAGUGGACGAGGUGGGACCCUUCAGCGGCACAGUGGAGGAGUCGACCUUGUCCGACCGGCCCUCCACGCCUCCCGAGGAGCUGCAGCUGAGCGCCGUGGACUCCUCUUCCGUGGUGGCGAGCUGGCGCCCCCCGCUGGAGCCCAACGGCAUCAUCCUCAGCUACAAGAUCUUGUUCAGCGGGAACCUCAGCCAGCCUGAGCACACGUGGGAAAACCUCUCUCAGGACGGGAGCACCACCAGUGUGGAAGUCCGGGGUUUGUCCAGCGGCACCCGUUACUUUUUCAAGCUGGGAGCGUCGACCGAGGUGGGGCCGGGGCCUUUUUCACCCGUAAAGGAUGUUCACACCCCCCUUCAGAAUUAUGAGCUGGACAUCCACGCGGUGACAGGCAUCAUAGUUGGCGUGUGCCUGGGACUGAUAUGCAUCCUCCUCUGCAUGUGUUUCAGCUUUCGUAACAGCAAACCACGGGAGGCGUCUAGGGGCCUGGAGUCCGCAGCUGUGACCCCCCAGUACAGACGAGGAGGCUGCACCAUUCCCUCCGACGUGCCAGAGUGCGGCGAUAGCCACGAGCUGGAGACGCUGAUGCCCCGGGGGGGCGUCCCAGGGUCUGGCCCGCUGCCAGACGAGGCCCCCGAGGAGCAGAGCCUGAUGGCAAGUGCUAAUCCGGGUGAAGGGGAAGAUGCCCCAGCACCUGAUCCCAAGGCUGCAUGGAAUGGUUCUGUGAGUCAUGACUGGGCCAACAGAAUCACUAGAUACAGAGACACCAUGACAGAAGACUCUCCAACACUCAUUAAUGGAGCUCCCAACAUGCAAAUUAUUGAUAAUUGCACGGACAUGGAAGAUCAUCAUGGUACAUCCGUGUCCAGCAACCAGGUGGAGGCAGAAGUCAUUGUUCACUCGGAGCUGGCGGACCCAGAAAGAGAGAAAGAGGAGGAGGAGGGCAGCGAAGGGGAGGAUUCGACCACCACCGGGGGACCCUCAUUAUCAGAGGACAGACGUUCCCCCUCGAGUCACCCAGACGCACCAGGCGAAGAGAACGUUUUAGAAAAACUAUCGCCGGCCAAAGGCCCCGGGAGCCCCCCCUCGAUAAACCGGGAGCAGCCACGGGGCGCGGGCAAAGAACCACACAAGGACACGGGGCUAACCAAUGGCUUCCACUCCCCAAAGAGUGUGCGUUCCGCUCUGAAGUCGGAGCGUUCGGAGAACGGGGAGCCCGGGCGCUGCCCUUUGGCACCAGGGAAGGCCGUCUCUGGUAGGAUGUCCUCCGCCCCGUUUGUCAGCUCCGGCCUUGUCCACUCUACCUCAGCAGCACACAGUUAUCUGUGCCCGUAGCAGCCGCCCCUACACACACACACACACACACACACACAUAUCGGACUGAUUUAUUUUUCUUACCCAGGUAGAAUCCCUAGGGAUUAUUUUGUUAUGCGCCUCAUUAUUGGAUUCCUUUCUCUUCCGUGGAAAGUUUUGAUACGGUCCUUGAAUUCAUUGUUUCAUUGGUUGGCACACGCCGUAUAUUUUUAUCCUGUGUAUGGUGAUGCAUUAUCUAGCAAUGCGACCAUCUUUUCCUCUGGGUUUUUUUCAUCCUGUCUUUGGGAAAGAAAAAGAUUUAACUUAACCAAGCAGAUGGAAGUGGAUUAAAGGAGGCUACUCCCACUGGGUCGCACGUGGAUUCAUUCUAUGACGGAGCCCGGGAUGUGUUGAUGAGUGAGGGAGACGAGUUGCCAUCGUGCAGAAUCUGAAACGCGGGCUCCAUAGAUUUCCCUCCGGGCUUUGCCGUGCGGAUGCUACUUUUAACGGGGCACUGAGGGAGAAGCCUUAAAGAAAAUCCGCACACUCCGCAGUGCAGAACACCUGUGUCUGGUAGCAGCCGACUGCUGUCUCAGGGUCCUCCCGCAAACGGACACACACACACACACACACUCACUCGGAAAGCUCAAGUGACCCGGAAACACACACAUUCCCUGACUGUAGUGUGGGGGUCUCAGGUGCCUAAUUAUUGGGGGUGCAUUUAUGACCUAUGGAUGUUUCUAUGGAUAUUUAGUGCAAGUACAAAACACCUGUUCAACUGAAGGUAAAAACACUUCAAAUGCAAAAAGAAACGUAUACCGAUUUGGUACAUAGGUACAAAGUAUUCUUCUCCAAAAUGAAGUGUAUCCAAGUUGUAAUAGUUUUUCUUCACAAAGGUCUCUUAUUGAAAAGUAAAAAAAAAAAAAAAACUGGUUCAUUGGUGUAUAUCCCACUUUGGAAUCAAAGUAUUUGCGUGUUUAUGUUGGUACUGGUCUGAUUAUGUUGGUGGGGGAACUAGAGCAAAUGUUACGACAACGCAGGUAGACCAUCUCCUAAUUAGGGAAGUACUAAUGUGAUACUGUGCCAAUAGUUGUCAUUUAAACCUGGUAUGAUCAUUUGCCAAUGGGAACAGCUAUCCAUGUUUUCAAUUUGAUUCAUACACAACUUGACUCUAGUUGUAUGAGGAUAUUUGUUCAACUGUGCUCUUGCUACAGUGCAAGACAUGAUAUAUCACACAUUUCUGCAUACCUUCGAUAAAAAAAACAAAUUUAAAUAUUGUUCAAUUUUGUUCUACACUGACCCCAAAGUUGAUCAGAUUGCUUCCCAUAAUUGACUGCCUCAGUAUUGUUUUUGGCCGUGUAAACGGGGAACCGGUGCAUCCCUACUGCUUAUCAACAACACUACCUCAUUUCCUUUCAGGACAGUUCCCAGUGUGG